UUUGUUUUGGUAUUUGGCAACGUAUUAUAGUAUUGUUUCUGAUGUAGUAAAAAUUGGUCUUACUGUUAGGCGAAAAUGGCUAGGGGCCCGAAGAAGCAUUUGAAAAGACUUAACGCACCGAAAUCAUGGAUGUUGGACAAAUUAGGUGGAGUAUUUGCUCCACGACCCAGUACUGGGCCCCACAAACUGAGGGAAUCUUUACCUCUUAUCAUAAUGUUAAGGAACAGACUAAAAUAUGCAUUGACGAAUGCAGAAGUAACCAAGAUAGUUAUGCAGAGACUGAUAAAAGUUGAUGGAAAAGUAAGAACUGACAGCAACUACCCAGCUGGUUUCAUGGAUGUCAUUACCAUCGAAAAAACUGGUGAAUUUUUCCGAUUAUUGUAUGACGUAAAAGGAAGAUUUAUUUUGCAUAGGAUAACAGCGGAAGAAGCUAAGUACAAAUUGUGCCGUGUGAAACGUGUGCAAGUUGGACCAAAAGGAAUUCCAUUCUUGGUUACACAUGAAGGCCGCACCAUUAGGUAUCCAGACCCUCAAAUUAAAGUACACGAUACUAUCCAGUUAGAUAUUGCUACAGGCAAAAUUAUGGAUUUCAUAAAGUUUGACAUUGGAAAUUUAGUUAUGGUAACUGGUGGUCAUAACUUGGGAAGAGUUGGAACAAUAACAUCUCGGGAACGGCAUCCUGGAUCAUUUGAUAUUGUCCAUGUUAAAGAUUCUCAAGGUCACAGCUUUGCUACAAGGUUAAAUUAUGUUUUUGUUAUUGGCAAGAGCAACAAACCUUUCAUUUCAUUACCAAGAGGAAAAGGAGUGAAACUUUCAGUUGCAGAAGAGAGGGACAGGCGUCUGGCCGCAAAAUCACAACAUUAAUGAAAUUUAAUAAAUAUGAGAAAAGAACA